GGGUUGAGUAAGGGUCACGACCGAUAUUAUUGUUGUGGAUGAUCAUCCUGCAUCAUCGGACCAUCCAGAAAACUCUGCGGGUGCAACACCUUCUGUACGGUUCGCUCUUCAUUCAAAAACAUGGCUUCUGCUCUCUUGAACACUGCUCGAUUCGCUUCGACUCACGCCGCGCCAUUGAGUGCCGGAAAGCACAAGAUCGUGGUCAUCGGUGCUGGCGCCGGAGGUCUAGCUGUCGCCAACCAGCUCUACAACAAGUUCAAGGCGGACGGUCGAGAGCUCGCACAGGGCGAUAUUGCGAUUGUCGAUGGAGCCAAAACUCAUCACUACCAACCUGGCUGGACCCUUGUCGGAGCUGGAAUGCGGUCCAAGGAAGAGUUUGCCCGUCCCAUGGAGUCGCUCGUCGCGCCUCACUUUGCACACCUCGCCUCGAACGCCAAGACCUUGAACCCCAGCUCCAACUCGUUGACUCUUGAAAAUGGUGACACUGUCAAGUACGACUACCUCGUCGUGGCUCCUGGUCUGAAGAGCAAGUUCGACGCUGUCAAGGGUUUGCCCGAGGCCCUUGCCAACCCCUAUUCUUCCAAGGUCGCCAGUAUCUACUCUUACGACUCUUGUGACAAGACGUGGGACCUCAUCGAGGGUCUCAAGAACGGAAAGGCCAUCUUCACCCAGCCGUUCGGACCCGUCAAAUGUGCCGGCGCUCCCCAAAAGAUGCUCCACAUGUCUUGGGACAGAUGGCAGAAGACUGGUCGGGGCGAUGCCAUCAAGAGCGAGUUCGUGACUGGUCUGCCUGUGAUGUUCGGUAUUCCUUACUACAACAAACCCCUCGACGCUCUUCGCAAGGAACGCGGGCUUGAUGCUACCUUCAACGCCAACCUUGUCGAAGUCAGGGAAAAGGAUCAAGUCGCCGUCUUCCAGGAGACUACAGGCGACAAGAAGAAGAUCGAGCGAUCAUACGACUUUUUGCACGUCGUGCCGCCCAUGGGACCCCUCGACUUUAUCAAGUCGUCCCCCCUUGCUGAUGCUGCAGGAUGGGUAGACGUGGACAAGGCGACUCUGCAAUCGACCAAGUUUGCCAACGUCUUUUCCCUCGGUGAUGCUUCCAGUCUGCCCACCAGCAAGACUGCCGCGGCCAUCACCGCCGAGGCUCCUGUCCUGACCGAGAACCUGUCGCGCUUGAUGGCGACUGGAAAGAUCGGCGAGGCGGCAUACAACGGCUACGCCUCCUGUCCCUUGACCGUGGCGAGCGACAAGGUGCUCCUGGCCGAGUUCAGUGGAUACACCCAGGCACCUAUGGAGACCUUUGGCAAGUUCGGUAUCGACCAGCGCAAGCCGAGCCGGCUGUUCAUGCCCCUGGUCAACAACGUCUUCCCGUACGCGUACUUCAAGUACUCUCUGCCUGGCAACUGGUACGGCCCUCGUGGUCUCAUCCCCCCUACCUACGUGCCCAGCGUUGUGCCAUCGUGAACAUAGAGGUCGUGCAAAUGUAAACAGGUCGACAUGAUAAAAGGAAUAUACCGCCGUGUCGCAGCUGCAUACCCGACGAGCCCAAUCAAAUCCACUCUCGUAUCGAUUCCA